AUGUCUCAGGACCAACAAAACAAAGAUCAGCAAGUGGAGGAAGAAGACGUGACAUGUCAGCCCCUCCCACCUGCCCCUUCCUUUGUUGCCAUGGAGACAGUGAUGUCACUCAGAAAACAGGACUUGGUGUGUAUCGUGUGCUUUGGAAGCUACGACCUGGGGACACGUCUGCCGAGGAGACUGCACUGUGGCCACGCCUUCUGUCAAGCGUGCCUGAAGAGACUGGACACUGUUAUCAAUGAACAGGUGUGGAUCCCGUGUCCUCAGUGUCGUCAGAACACCCCUCGCCCCCGAGGAGGAGCUGCAGGUCUGGACCUGGACCUGGCCUCCUUCCUGGGCGUGAAGGCCCAGCAGACCUGCACCUCCUCCUGCUCCUCGUCCUCCUGGAGCUCCAGUCACAGGGAGGCGGCGAUGGCAGCGGCGGUAACCCAGGACGCCAAGUUGUGGCUGGGGAAGGAGGCGGCGGAGGACGGCUGGUCACACGGAGGUUUGGCUCAGCCGCGCUUCCAUCGCUACGGCAACUGUUGCCCACCCCCAUCUUUUUGGCAAUGCUGCUGGUUCUGCUGUUCAGGGCGGGGUUAG